AUGCCGUCCCACCCCAAGUCGAAGCGCAAGUCGCGCAAGCAACGGGAACCCCGCGAAGCCUCUUCCGCUCUGUCACCUACGGCCCGAGAGCCAAAGCAUGCCACAUUCUCGCCAUUUGUUAGGCUUCCACCAGAGUUACGAAUCAAGAUUUGGGAGAUGACACUUCCUGAGGAAGAAUUCAUUGUCGUCAGGGCGCAUCGCGACAAAGGCUCAAAGCAGAGUCUGAAAUUCAGCCGUCUAUCUCCGUCUCCACCUCCCCUCCGAGUAGUAUCUAGAGAAGCGUAUGAAGUAGCUUUAGGCAGAUACCCCUACAGAUUACCCAUACUGAGCGCUAUUCAGAGCCAUUCGAUUGGCUUCGGUCCGGGAGAUACAAUUUGCUUUGAGAACGUGGAGAAGGUGGUCAAGAUCAUUCUAUUCGACAAUGAUUAUGCCAGCAAGACAAUGCCCAGUUGGGCAUUGAACAUCAGAAAGCUGGCGGUCUGCCCUUACGAAGACGGGUACCAAGACGGCCACUAUAGGAAUAUUUCAUUUAACCUGGUGCGCAGAGCGAUAGCACAGUUUCGCGGCGUGCAUACCAUUCAAAAAAUUGUACUGCGCAAGACAAAGAGACACAUACUCCCAGAGCUUGCGGCUGAUCAAGACAAUAUGCUGGAAGUUGGGUUUGUUCCCAGAGAAGGGUUAUACUUGGAUAUCGAUCAGCAUAAUUUGGAAAUAGCAACGAAGCGAUGGUCGGCGAAACAUGUUCAAUUGGCUGUGUGGCUGGUGCAAUGUGAAUGCAUGGAAGAAGUACAGACUCUAGAUGAUUUCUUGGAAUCCGAUCCACAAGUAUUCCGGGAUGGAAGGAAGAGUCCACAUAUCUAA